UAAGUCGCUCCAGGUCCCAGCCUACCGUUCCUCCCCCUCCCCUCCUCUUUACGGGCGAUUUGCAGGUGAUGGGCCUCACCUGGUCUGGUCUGAUCUUUCUCCCUUUCACAGAGGGGUGGACAGGAGUGAGAGGCGGUGGACUUCCCCCUGCCGAGUUCAUCAGGAUGCUGUCCAGGCGCGGUGGGAGUCUGGCGCUGCUCGUCGCCGCCGUCCUGUUAGUGGGAUCCUCAGCAGGAGCAGAGCCAGGAACCUGUGGUACCGUCUCACUUUGCUGGGAUAUUGCAUCAAGCAUCACGUUUGCUGGGAAACUUUAUUUAAAUCACAACAAUGUUCUUGAUGCUGGAAGAAUAAGAAAAUCUGGGUCUUGGUGGCUGGAACCAAGGGGGGAGCAUGUCCUACACUUCGCGUACAUGACCCAGUCAUUAACCUGGAGAAUCUACACCAUGUGUCCUCCACACAUAGAAAAGUUGUCAGAUGGAAAUGUCACAGAAAUACAGGGAGUAGAAGCCACAGAACAAAGUUUCCUGUUCCAAAGAAAUGCAAGACUGGGCUGUGAGGGAGAAGUCCUUUACUUUUUUGGGACAAAUGAUAUGUCACUGGCUAUAGUUUCCGCUGAUUGGUUCCCCUUGAAGAUCAAUACCGUUCCCACUGGACUGAGCCUCUCCUGGGAGCUUGGAGCAUGUUUCCUUAAAGAUCUCCUCUGCGCCCUUCUGUUGUAUGAUGUGGAUGGCAACAAUUUGCAUCAGGAGAUCAUCCGAGGCCCAAACCUUGACAUCCCAGGUUUAACGCCAUGUACACACUAUAUAGUGUGUUUGAAUAUUACGGAACACAAUAUCUGUGCUAUAACCAUAACAGAUCCCUUGCCAGCCAGCAAUCUGAGCCUAACAGCAUCAAACUCCAACAGCAUUACCAUUUAUUGGGACAAACCAGCUCUGGGGGAUGUAGACUGGUUUCAGUUGGAUGUCGGCUUGCUUGGACAGAACAGAGAGGCCACUGAGUCACCCCUUCAGUCGUACGGCCUAACACAAAGUGGGGCUGCCUUCCUUAUCGACGGCCUGCCGGCUUGCCAGUGGGUGCGUGUCUCUCUUGUGAGUGUGUGCGAAGGAGCCACGGUGAAGGAAAGCACGAAGGUGUCCCUGGUGGCUGAGACAGCUCUGAAGUUUGUGAAGCUUGCUCAGACUGCUGCUUCUGCUGACGGUUACGGUGUGUCUUGGUCAGUCUCGGGAGAUCCAUCACAAGUCUUCUUCCAAGUCUAUAGAAAUGGACACCUGCAACUGACCCAGAAUCAAACAGAGUAUGUCUCAACAGGCCUCGGACCUUGCACCAAAGAGAUGUUUACACUAGAGGCGGUGUGUAGGAAUGGACCUAUGGCUGACAGAAGGUCAAUCACUGUGUCAACAGCUCCAGACAGGGUUUCCAACCUGAUCUACAAACAAACCAUUGAUGGAGGCUUCUUCUCCUGGCGUUCCCCACCAGUCCAUCAUGGAAUUUGUGUGCAGGUUGACAAUACUUCAGUGGCUUUCACCAAGAGGAGUUAUUACCAGGUGUCUGGUUUGUCUGCCUGUACUCGGUAUCAGUACACGUUCCAAGCAACCUGUGGACAGUGGCUGAGCGAAGGAACCUCCUGGGUUGCAGUCACAGGCUGUCCUAUAGAAGCCCGACCUUCCGAUCGUAAGAGCAUUAUCGCUCUGCCCAACAAAAUACACGUCCGCAUUCACUUCCCCUGGCAGUUUGCGGAUUACAUGAAUGAUCCAUCUUCACGAGUUUAUCAAAAGCUGGCAGGAGUCUCCAGUUCCAAGGUUGGGCGGUUGUUGCUGGAUUCUGGGAAACUCUCCAGUGCCGAAGUGGAGCUGUUGGACCUGGUGAAAGGCAGCGAUGCAGUGGAAAUGGAUGUAGCAGCCGACGUCCGAUUCAAUAGCACACCAGCAAGCCUCGAGCAUCUUCUGUCUGAUCUCGGUGAUUCUGACGUGUCUGCUGUGGGUGGUGCACUGUUCUGGAACGAUGAAGAUGAAUGUCCAUCAGUCAAGAAUGACUGUCCUGUCGGGUCUGACUGUAUCAACACCUUUGAUUCAUUCACAUGUGUUUGCCAUCAAGGGUACUUUGACCCCAAUCAUCAAAGCAGAGCUUGUAGAGAUCAUGGGGUGUUCACAAACUGCAGAAUGGAUUUGAUGAAAAUUAGCGUGUCAAAAGAAUUCCUGGCGGAUCAGGCACAGCGGGGUCUGAAUCUGGUCUUGAACGAUGGGGUCUGUGGAGUAGAAGAGGAGUUGGACUUCUACACGUUCACUGUCACCGACACCAAGACUUAUUGUGGAGGGCAACUCCAGAUGAAUGAGACACACCAAAUAUUCAAACACGUCAUUACUAAUGAGUACCAUUCUGAAUCUCCCAUCAUCAGGGAGCCACCCCUGAUGUUCACUGUGAAUUGUGCCUAUUCUAAGAGCUCCUUGGCAAAAAUGCCUCUGGAUAUGAUCCCACAGAUCAGGAUGCUUGACCCGAUAGUCGGGUACAAUCGAGAUCCUCUCCAGCUUGCCAUCUUUCUCUACAAAGAUGACACUUUCUCACCCGAUGCCAUGUAUGGAGAAGCUCCAACCAUCGAACUUAAUGAGGACCUCUAUUUAGAGGUGGGUCCAUCUCUGACUGAGAGCUCGGAGGCUGCUUUUGUUUUGGAAGUGGUUUCCUGUUGGGCCACUGUGGCAGCUGACUUGCUGGGAAGACAAGUGUUCCAAUUCCUCCAGGAUGGUUGUCCUGUAGACGAGACCUUCAGAUGGUAUUCCAUUAACGGGUUGAGCAGCAGCACUCGAUUUGCCAUCAAAAUGUUCCACUUCACGGAAAUGGCCAACUGUCCCAUUUACCUGCAUUGUCGGGCAAAGAUCUGCAAUGUAGAAGCCGCCACAGACUGUUUAACGGAAUGUCCCAGUCCACAGAUCCACAAAAGACAAGAACAGAGAGGAGAGACAACACCCCAAGAGCCUGUGACUGGACUUGUUUCCACGGGACCUAUAGAGCUGCAGGGCACUAACUGGCAUCAGAUGAAACCCCUCCUCUGGAUAAUUGGCAGUGUAACAGGAACAUCUCUGCUGAUGGUGGUUGCAGUUGUUGCAAUGAAGGUUAUAAACAGCCGUGUGCGGUUUGGAACAGCUUAGUUCUUGAUUUGAAGUUUGAGGGUAUCUUCUGCUUACUGAGAAAUGUUUCGUUCACUAUCUACCUGGUACUGAGACGAGUUCUGAGCAUCUGCAAUGGGUGUUUAAAAUAAAAGCAAAUUAAUUGUCCUGUCUCGU